GAGGGGCAAGUCCAUUUAUAGUGCUGGCUUUAAGGAAUUUUUAAAGAGCUGAAGUGUCCAAGUGCUUGUGAGACUCAAGGUUGAAAGUUACUUGCACAGGCUCUGGAUUCCAUCACUGGAAUGACUGUUGAGACUAUGGAGAACGUAGAGAUUUUUGAUUCAGAAGGCAAAGGAAGGGGCCUGAAAGCAACAAAGGAAUUCUGGGCUGGGGAUGUUGUCUUUGCUGAACCUCCAUAUGCUGCAGUGGUUUUUGAUAGCUUAACUCAGCUAGUAUGCCAUUCCUGCUUUAAGAAACAAGGGAAGCUUCAUAGAUGUGGUCAGUGUAAGUUUGCCCACUACUGUGAUCGAACCUGCCAGAAAGAUGGGUGGGCAGACCACAAAAGUGAAUGUUCUGCUCUUAGGAAAUAUGGAAAGACACCACAUGAAAACCUCAGACUAGCAGCUCGCAUCCUUUGGAGAAUAGAGAGGGAAGGAAGUGCCCUUCCUGAGGGGUGCAUUGCCUCAAUUGAUGAACUUCAAGACCAUCUACCUGAUCUGACUGAAGAGGAGAAACAAGUACUCUCAGAAGAUGUGCAGAACUUCCUUGAUUACUGGCCGGGAAGUAGCAAGCAGUUUGGCAUGCAGUACAUAUCUCACAUAUUUGGAGUGAUAAACUGCAAUGGAUUCACUCUGAGUGACCAGCGGGGACUGCAAGCUGUCGGAGUUGCGAUCUUCCCAACUCUCUGUCUUGUGAAUCAUGAUUGCUGGCCUAACUGUACAGUAAUAUUCAACCACGGAAACCAUGAGGCAAUAAAAUCAAUGUUUCAUUCUCAGCCGAGAAUAGAAGUCCGUUCUGUUGGGAAGAUCAAUCCGGGAGAGGAACUGACUGUUUCCUAUAUAGACUUUUUAAACCUAAGCAAGGACAGGAAGCAGCUGCUUCAACAGCAGUAUUAUUUUGACUGCACGUGUAAACACUGCACAGACGGGAUCAAGGAUGACCUGCUGUUAGCUAUAAAAGAAGGAGAAGAAAAACCAUCCCAAGAUGUAGUAGAAGAAGUCAUAUCAUUCUCCAAGAAAACACUUGAAAAGAUUGACAAAGUUCGCACUGAAGGGAAAUAUCAUGAGGUUGUGAAGUUGUGUCGGGACUGUAUUACGAAACAGGAACCUGUCUUAGCCGAUACCAACAUUUACGUGCUGCGGAUCCUAAGCAUCGCUUCAGAAGUCCUAGCAUUCCUUCAGAAUUUUGCAGAGGCAGCAGAUUACUCAAGAAAGAUGGUAGAAGCAUACCUGAAAAUCUAUCCUCCAAAUAAUGCCCAGCUUGGAAUGUCUGCAAUGAAAGCAGGCCUGAACCAUUGGCAUGCUGGAUCUAUAGAGACAGGCCAUGGAAUGAUAUGCAAAGCCUACUCCAUCCUUUUGUUGACACAUGGGCCCACACAUCCUAUUACUCAGGACUUGGAGGCUAUGCGUGUCCAAACCGAGAUGGAGCUGAGAAUGUUUAAAGAAAAUGAAUACAUGUAUUACAAACUGAGGGAAGCAGCCUUACAAAACAGACCAAUGCAAGUUCUUUCAGAACCCAAAGAAGCAGUCACUGGUCUAUUUCAGAGGAAAAAAUAAACCUGCUUGGAUUAGUGUGAAUAUAAAGCACCAGAAAAUACUCUCCUAGAUGACAAAACCGUCUUUUUUUAUAAAGUAAAUGACAAUAUUUUAAAACACCAUAAAUAUUUAGGAUAUUAAACCCCCAAAUUUUAAUUUAUAACUUUUUAAUGAAUUCAGACUUGUACGGUUCCUGUUGUUUUUCAAGUGCAAUAUUUGCAAUAUGUCUGUUUUAUGUAAUGACACAGAAUUCCUUUUAGUGUUGCAUCUGUACUGAACAGCAGAAUUAAAACAUGCCUUUCAUUUCCUCCUGUACAUAGCUCCAUAUAUGUUGAUCUUUUUAAUUCCACCACAAUAAAUGCAUAAUUCAAAUAACCAAAUGUCAUAUUAAAAAUAAAUGCUGAAAUUAUGAGACAGAGCAACUGAUCAUUUUUCUUGUAUAGUCUGACUACAAUAUUUGUGAUGUUAAUAAACAUGGCAGUUGAGGUCUGUCUUGCCACUGA